AACGAGGAGGCACCGCCGCCAGUAGCUCCCAGGCAGUGACUCCGCGCGUAACAUGUAACCGGUGGCCAUCCAUCGUGGUGUUAUGUCAUCGGUGACAAUCCCAGGACGCGGAGGAGCCUCGGACGGCGGUGCGCGGAGGAAUCGAGGAUAGAGCGCGAGUGAUCGCAUCCCGAGUGGAAUCGCGAGCGUUCGGAAGGUGUCUUUCGCGGUGUUCCCCAUCUUCUCUCCGACAUCGUCCAGGACAUUCACCUUCCUCGCGCUAGACGUUGAGAGAGCGCGGGUCGCGAGGGCUCGCCCCGAUGGAUCGACCUGGGUGAUCCCGAGCUCGUCGAGGAUGCCGCGAGCUGGACGCGUGCCUCGAUGAGGAUCGACGCUCGUGCUCUCCCGUGUCCUCGUUCGGCUGCGCGGCGUCGCGUCACGGUUCGAUAGCCGGACGGACGCCGGCGACCUCGGCGUCGACGACUCGAGCGUCGGCAUCGGAAGCGAACGAGUCGUUCCGGUGGAUGUCGACGAACCCGCGGUCCCGCAGCCGCAGUGACAGCGCGAUAAUACCACGGUGAUUACGAGCGCGCGAGGGGAACAGGCGGCCUGGUCCCGUGAACGGUGGUAGCAGACGCGGAAGUUUCGUUCCGGGACGACAAUGGCGAGAUGGCCUUGAGUUCGAUUGCGCGAGAACGAGUUCGGUGAACGGUCGUUCGCGGGGUUCGUUUCGACUUGGAGCGAUCGGGACCGCGCGAUCCGCGCUACGUCGCAGCGCGCGUCUCGCUACCGGGUGUCUACGAUGCACGGUGCAGUUGCAAACGGGUUCACGCGUCAAAAUUAUGCCGGGGAGAUACGAAGCGGCGAACCAAAGUACGUAAAAAACGAGAGCGAAUCGCGUACGUAGACAAUUUCGCGCGACCGGAAACCCGUAUGUUGCGUCGUAUUUCGCGACAAUUCGCGAUAAUUCGAUACAGCAGCGAUCGUCCGAGUCCGAGCUAUCGAUCGUUAACACUCAAGCGGCCGGAUGCGAUCCCGUCGGGCGAGAGAGACAGAGUGACCACCGUUCGUUGAAUGGAGUGAUGAGCGGGGCCCCUGCGCGGGGCACAGUGCCCCGUCGUCAAAGACGCCAUCAUCAUCAUCAUCACGAUCACCAUCAUCAUCACCAGAAGCAUCAGAAGCGCGUCCGGGACAAGACGUCGCGAGACAGAGCGCUGGAUGAACCGGAGGAGAAGCGGCCAAAAGUCAAUCCGAUCUUCCUGUGGGCGUCGCAGCGCGAGCAGAGGAUCGUCGAGGUGAGAUGCGAGGACUACGAUAAGCGGAAUCGCAUCAAGCUCACGAAAACCGCGCAAGGAUGGCGCUCGAUACCGCGCACGACGUCCAAUGUUUACACGAUCGCCCUGGGCACGGCCUGCAAGAGGACGACGUCGGGCCCGGUCGAGUCGUCGCCGGCCUCGUCGGUCUCGUCCAACGACGAGAAGGAAAAUGGCAAGCGGCACCAGGAGGUCGCGCCGACCAACGCCAUGGCCGGCUCCCAUCGGCGUCAUCCGCGAAAAUAUACGGCAAACGGUGCGACGAACGGUUUGCUUCCUGGCGAAGGCGCAGGUAGAAAGAGACGUUACGACGAAGAGACGAGCCGACGUGGAUAUUCCUAUUUGGGCUCCAAGUGGAAUCCUGGCGGUCCGAGUUGCUCGGACGAGGAUAACGACAACGAAGGUGAGGAGAAAAGCGGAGAGGAGGAGAAGAACCGCGAACGGAGCAAGGUGGAGGAUCGUCUAUCCAGCUUAAGGAGCAAAGAUAGAUUGGGCGGUCGCGUCAAUUUGGAGAGGUUGCAAAAGGACAAGCUGUUCCAACCGCGCGUCGUUCUGGAGCAGCUACAUUUGUCGCAACUUCCCGAGAGCGCGCAUCAAAAUGUCGUUCGCCACUCGAGAGCUAAGGACGCAGCGAACGAGACGAAGCGAAUGGAGGAAAGUAACGAGCAAAACGAGAAAGAUGCCGUCGAGGAGGAGGAAGAGGCGGAGGAGGAAGAAGAAGACAGCGGGAAACCGAGUCGGGUGAACAAGGCGGGCAUUCAGGACAUAUUGAACAUGAUAGAUGCAACAGCCUCGCCCGUUCUCGCCACCGACACUCCCAGCGCUGAUCUACCGGUCGAUUCUACCAAAACCUACGAAGUUCUUGGCGAGAAGCAGUUUGUAGAAAGACAAGUCAAGGACGUGAAAUCCGACUGCGCGAAAGAUAGAUCGAAAAGAACGUCGGCACCUAGUUACCAGGCCGAGAUCAUCGACCAAAAUGAGGAGAUCGAUGAUAACCUGGAAGUGCACGAGGAGAAGAUCUUGGAGGAGGAUUGUUGCCUAAAGGAGAUGCUGGACAGAAAAAUUCGCGGGGAAAACAAGCUCGUGCUUCUUUCGUCGCAAGGUAAGAGAAACCCCGAGAUGACCCUGAAUUCGUGUAAAGUCGCCGAAGCUGACGGCGGGCUAGUCGAACGGUCGACGUGCAAAUCCAACUCCCUGGUCACGUGGCCAAGGAUACCGGCCGACGAGGAAACACCGGCGGAGGCUGAGGAGGAGGCGCCAGACGAGCCCGGCGAGCCGGCGAAAAUCGAUUACAACGAUAGCUCCAAGAUCCUCGACGCUCUGAGAAACACGCCGGGGCUCUCGGUGUCCGUGACGAGGAAUCACAUACCCGAGAUCGACAAGAAUCUGAUUGUGUCACCUGCGCGGCCGCCCUCGAAGGCGUCCUCGUCGAGCAGGUCGCCGGAUUCGCAAGCGGAAUGCGUCGAAAAACUACUCAAGAACUCGAGCGAUUUUGUAAACGACCCCGGCGGACGCAUGAAUUCGCCCCGCAAUUUGCCGGGUCUGUCGAUCAUUAUACCGAGCUAUUGCUACAGAAGCGCCUCGGGUCAGUUGACGACGACUACCUCACCGAGUAUGAAACGUCGCGUCGAAUCGCCCGAGAGUACCGUCAGUUUCAACAAGGCCGACACGUAUCCGGAACGACUGAAGUUGGACAGAUUCCCCCACGAAGAAGACGAGGAAGAGGACGAGGACGAGGACGAUUGCGACUCGCAGGUUCUGGAGGAUCUCAGACGGCAGAAGGCGGACUCGCUGGCACAUGACACCGUUGACGCGGAUUAUUACAGCAAGCCCGGUUCCCGAAUCUUCAAUCGGGAAGAUCGCAAGAGCUCGCUCGACAACAUAAAGAGCGACUCGCACUGGAUGGGCUCCAGCAGAAGCAACGAAGCGCAGGCCAAAUGUAAAUAUCAGGAUCUCGAACAUUUCGAUGAGCAAGUCCUGGAGGAACUACGGUCACGCGGCACCGUAGUUUCUCCUCAGCCUAGCGGAAUUCCUUGCUCCCCUGCAUCUAGAAGACCAUCAUCGGCAUAUCUCGAGAGGUUGCUGCCGAGUCCGCCCUGUUCGGUUUCCUGUUCGGAGGAUGCCAAGAGCGAGUUGACGUUAAAGAGCAUUUUAGCCUCGUCCAACUGUGCGGAACCUCGGGACUAUGAGAGAUCGAAGGAGGGACUAUCGACGCGAUUCGAUCAGAGCAUCGAGCCUGUUUCUCGAUCCGUGCAUUCGAGCGUCGAUCGGAGCACGAGGAGGACCGGCAAUCAGCGCAGCUUCCAGGAACGCCUCAACGUCCACAGUCAGGAGACGAGGAAUUCCGGCAGGCCGAUGUCUAGCGGCGACAUUCCCAGCACCUUUUAUACGAUGACGGAUCGCGUCGCGCUCAAAAGGCCCAUGUCCGUCGAAUGGCAGUCGAGCGGGCAGCGGCAGAAGGCCCAUCAGAUUGGCUACCAAAAAAUCGCCGCCAAAACGAAGAACUUGGCCGAUCGUCAAACCCAAAAUCAGGUCGCUUGCGCCACGUCCAGCAGCACGGACAAACUCCUGGACCCGGCGAGCCAGUUGCGCGAACUCAUCGAGACCGUCGGCUAUCUGAUCCCCGAUCCUCUCCUGGUCCCCCGGGAUUAUUUACCGGGUCUGGCCGCCGCGCCCGCGACGGAGAUCCCCAAGUUGCUGGCCAGCAGGCCCGAGCUGAGGCUGCCCGAGGCCCUCACCAGGCCCGAUUUGAUCCGGGAUCCCGAUCUGCUCGUGAUAUCGUUGGCGCAUCUACAGCACGUGCUGGAUCACGGUGAAGGCCCAGUUUCAAGAGCGCAACCGCAACAAUCCAGGGCCGUUAAUAGCAUUAAUGGCAUCGUCAACAAAGGAUCGUCCGGUCACGUCAACAACAAUGGCGCGAGAGGCGGCGGGCCCAGCCGGCCGAAACUCAGCUGUAAGCCGAUUGGCACGCUAAUGCCGACGCAACCGAUUGAUCUUUCGAGCGGCGCUAACCGAUCACGCAAUCCCCAUCCGCCUCUGCUCAGGGUGCGCAGCGGAUUGCUCAAGCAGGAGCCGGAAGUGAGUUCCACAGCGACCUCGCCGGACGAGUCGCAGUUAUGGCACCCGUUGUUCGGCAGCCAGAAGAGGCAACAGCAGCAGCAACAGCAGCCGUUGCCGCCGCAGCAACAGCAGCACUCUUCCUGGCACAGGACCACUCUCGCCUCCUGACCAUCGUGAUCAUGACCUUGGCCGCGAGUCCAGCGAUCCUGAAUGGCGCACGGAGAAAGGAAUCGCGAAUGGACGGGAAACACCGCGAUGCCACCACUUCUUACGCGGUUUCGGCUACUUACCGAGGCCGUUUUUACGAGCGACGCGGAAAUAUGCGGACGAAAAAACGCCGACCGGCGUGAAUCUUUGCGGAAUUACCGCCGCAGGAUAUCCGUUGAAGCGUAUCCUUUUCUCCUCGCGGUGGUGUAGUCGAAGCGGCGUCAACUCGAUUCCGUUCGUACAUUUUCCUUUAACUCGCUGUUAGUCGCUCGUUAUUAUAUUCCCACUCUAAUAUCCUGUAUUAUCCUAAUCGUUAACCCAUUCAGACCUUAUGUACACAAUUAUGCACAAAAUUUUAAAAUCAUGUGAAAUAGUUAUUAUAUUUUUUAGAAUUAGUUUCCCUGCGAUCUCUCGGUGGACUUGAAAAUUCCUAACAGUUAUAAAUCAUAAAAAAAAAACCUUAGCAUCAAUAAAAAUUAAUUCAAUAAUUUUUUACAUUAUCAGAAAAAAUUCAGGUCUGAAUGGGUUAAACUAUUCUUCCUCGAGGGAUACGAAAUAAUCAUAUGAAAAUUCGAAUUUUUAUUUUGUCGAAAAAAUGCUCUGAAUUAUUUUGUGAAGAUAUUUUUAUCGUGCGCUACAUGUACGAAUUAUCUGUAUCUAAAAUUAUGAUAACAUUUGUUUUUUUUAAAUAUCAAAAGAAUGAGAUAAAAUGCGAACGAGACUGACAGCGUGUUAAAAGAUGAAUUAUACGAUGCGCAAUCUUAAUACACAUUCGGUAAAUAUUCGUAAAUUAUAUAAAUCAUGUGAUAAAUCUUACGCGAAUGUAGACGAUAAUCGGUUAGUAGAGUAGAGAUUAGAGGUAACGUAUUUUGACUGAAGAACUCUACGAACUUCUUAUCGCGAGUUCGAGUCAAAAAUAUAUUUUUCUGUUAAACUUUUUGUACUGACAAGACACACGAAUAUUCUCUCUCAUAUCUGUGCAGAACCAAAUGCCAAGUCAUGAUAGGACCAGUCACUAUUAUCAGAGAAAAAAAAAGUUACACGUCAAACGUACAAUUGCGGAAAAUUACGCAAGUACUCCGUAAUAAGGUCGCAGAUCAGAACUUCAAUGCGCGGUUGAAUUACAGCGAAAGAAAAAAAAAAGUAUCUCGUGUACAAUCGUUGAUGUGAUGUUUUAUAAGACUCUCUCCUCUACACCACUGCUUCAACGAUAUAAACUGUGCGAUUUUCUCUCAUCGCAACUUUGUAGAGACCCUUGACACAAGUGCAAUGAUACGCGAACGCCGUGAUGAGGCUCCUCCGUUUCGUACACGUUAUCUGUUUUUUUAUAUAAGUAGUCAGCGAAAAAAGCGUUUGCCAGUUUGUUACGAAUUAGUUUUGUUACUAAUUAUUUACACAGAUUGUAAAACAAAACUGUUUGCGAAAAACAGAUCGCAUCGAUAUAACUUUAUGUUUAAUUUAAUUAGAAUUUAAUUAGAAUUAGAAGAAGUCUAGAAGUGUGAAAAAUCUCGAAGAAUGCAGCACGUAUUGAAUUUUCAUUAGAGAAAGAAAUGCAGUUAUGUAUUUAAAGUUACAUUUGAUUUUUGUAUUGUAUAAUGCGAUGGGGUUUCUUUUAUUCGUAACGUUAUUUGUUAUCGUAUCCUUGUUAUUUUAUAAAAUUCGUUAUUGAUUUAACGUUAUUAGCGCGAUGCUUUUUUUCACUUUUGCGUCGUCACGGCGAUCGUAACUCAAUUUCCCCAUCCCAGCGAAAUAGAAAUUAGUGCGUCACGAUCAAAUAUUUAUAUCCGUGACUUUACGAGCCGAGUUUACACGAGCAGGAUGCAAUGAAUUUCCAUCUGCGCAAUUAACGAUGAUGCGUUUAGAUUCUCCGAUACUUUCGAUUCUACGCCUUUUAUAAUUUCAUCGUAAAAUCUCGUCGCAUUCGAUCAAUUCGAAUUUUGUAAAACGCCGCGCUUCCCUAAAUUAAAAAAUCCUACCGUUAGAUUUAAAUUAAUUUAUUAAUCUCCUUUCUAAUUGGCUCAAUUAAUUGGCGCGUUUCUUUCAUGUCUGUUGAUAAUUCGAUUUGUAAACAGCUUCCUCGUUUUAGAUUGCCUCGAGAUAACACUCAUAAAAAGAACCUUAAUUGCUUUCAAUCAAUAUUUACUUAUUGUUAUAGCUUAAAUGUUACACAUACGUUUAUAAUCUCUUACAUGUUAGUUUAAUAAAGUUUAUGGUUUUAAGAGCAAAUGUACAUGUCGACUGAAUUUAUAGCGAAGAAGCUUGAAAUAACUUUAAUAAGGAUUUUACACAAUUGCCUUUAUUUUUUUUUUUAAUCGUUCUUAUUUUCUUACGUAUUACACACGAUAAUUGGCGAUACUGAGAACAAUUCUUUCUAAUUCGUUUUAUCUAGUUUGUUCCGGCUGAAAAUAUUACAUAGGCAAUUAAAGAGCAUCAAAUUGAUUACGGCUAUUUGGCUCACUUAUCGUUCGUAUGUAUGUGCAUGCGGCUAUUUCCGUCGAGCACCGGAAAACCUCGGAGACACAAUAACGUAUCGUAGAAAUGCCAUUUCAAAAAUAGUCACGCUUGAAUAUUCUAGACGCGGACGAAGCUAUUUAUAGCGUAAAUCUGCGCAAUCUUUGUCUAAUUGUUCGCGUUAUGAAAUAAGACUCGUUAUAGGAUAAAAAAAAUGUUCCGAAAAUGUUGCUGGUGUAAAUUCGGCGAUUCGAAAAUGAGCGCCUUGAUCCUUUGCAAUCCAAUAAUUGUUAUUACCGUACAAUAAUUUAUCACUCGUCGAGAAUGUUAAACUAAUUUUUUCAAUAAAUCACCGUCUUAAAUUUGUAUCCGCUUCAAACGCGCGAUAUGUGUCCAGUUUUCUCUGCGUUACGUAACAUGUUUCGGAAGGACGCAAAGGAUUGAAGCGCGUAAUAAAAAAAUAAAAGGAAUGAAACGGCGCAAAAUAAAUUGCAUAGCUAUGCAUGACGAAAAUAGGUGCUAUUCGGUAGUUAAAAAAAAAAAAAA